CUUGCAGGCCCCUCCCUUAGGAGCUGGGGUAUAUAAAGGUGGGCUACACCUUCCCCCAGCACAGAGUCUAGAGCACUGAUCCAGCUGCAGGGAACGUCUGAGUAUUCUCAAGCACCAUGAAGCUGCUUUUGUCCUUGUCUGUGAUUAUUGGAGCCAUUGUAAUGGCAUCUACCUUGUCAUGCAAUGUUUGCAAGUUCCGUUUUCUGUCCUUUUGUGUCUCCGGUUCCUCAACGGCAGACUGUUCUGGAAACUGCUCGUUAACCAAAGCUUUUGCUGGCUCCACUUCCUUAUUCACCAAACAGGCAUGUGAUACAAAUUGUGUUUCAAACACUACCACCCAAACAGAUGCUAUCUUCAACUUAGACUACCAAAAGUCCUGCUGUGCCACAGACCUCUGCAACAGUGGCAAUUCUGCCAAGAUCUCUCUGUCCCUUGGGCUAGGCGUGCUCCUCCUGUGGCUGCUAAAUUCUGUGUAAAACUUUGCAGAAUCAGCAAGAGUGAACUUGAAAUGUACAAUUUAUGGACUUCAUAUAACUGCUUUCAAACCCAGGUUCAAUGUCUGUAUUAAAAAAAAAAAAAGUGCUGUACCUAUUAACAUUAACUGUCCCAAGCAAACACUUGUAGAUAAAGGGUAGCUAUGAUUACUUGUGUGAAAAUGAGGUCUCGCUGAAGUACUAAUUCACAUGGAAAUGUCAUUUGGUUUUUUCUCCUUAUGUCACUUUUAUUUGUAUGUUUGUUUUUGUAAGGAAAGCGGAGAUGCCUAAAAACUGCUCAUACAAGAAGAAUGCAUUCCAUUUCUUUACUGAGUUUAUUCCUGACUGUCUUUCUAACACCAAUGGGGGAAUGUAAUAUGCUUUGUUAGUGCAAAAACCCUGCACAGAGAUGCUAGCAAAUGAUAGCAACUAUAUUUGCGUCCUCUUUGACUAAUUACAGACCUCAACGGCUUUGCAAAGUUUGCGAACAUUCAUAGUGUAUGUAAUAAAAUUUCCCAAUCUCAAAGCGUUUUUUUGACACAAAAUAAUUAACAAAACUCCAGAGUAAGUGUUAACACUAAACCUUUGCUUCAGGAUAAUGCACAAUGUAAUAUUCACCAGCGACUGAUUUUACAGUGCAAACAAUGCUAAACAAUUGCAAAAACACCAUUUUUAAUAACGUUCGUGAUUUUAAUUACAUUCCCCCUUAACUAUCUUAUAUUUACCCCUCCCCACCACUCGGUGACCAGGUGAUAGAAAUACAUUUAAAAGGGGUGGUGGAUUAAAUGAUAGACCGACAGAUGAACAGGAGAGGGCAUGAUAAUGAUAAGUAACAUGACAUUGUAGUGUCACAAAGCAAAAAUUUUUUUCCUGCCCCUAUUUUAUUGCUGUGCAAACAAUUUUAAACCUAUAAAAAGUUAAGACCAAAAACAAGGCAUUCUACAUACUUAAGGUUAACUACCCCUUCAGUGGCAUAUUAUCAAAUAUUUUUGCAACAGUCCUACAAACCCAUGGCAGCUAAGCAGCAUGUACCACUGGUCAACCAAACAACUGAAAACAACUAGUUGCUAUGGUUUACUGGCGUAAAAUGUGCCAAUUAUUACUAUACCCCGGAGGGGUGAUUUACUUGCUUCACCGGGGGAGAUGGGCCUGUUGCAAUUACAGUGUUAAAUUGAAUGCUGCAUUUGCACUUUGACAUGAAUCAAGCCCAACUGUGCUAACAAGAAUGUAAGUUAUGUUGGCAUCAUUUCUGGUGUAAGAGUGAGAAGUGUGCACAAUUCUGUUGGUGCAACUGCGCUGCAGUGAUUGAGUUAGGUGCAUGUGGGAACAGUGGAGUUAUUUCCUAACCUGGAGGUAGUAUUUGCUCCAAAAAUCCUGCAGCAGCCUGUGGCAAUAGGCAAAACUGAGCUUCAUUUGGAACCAGAGGUUGAAAUGAAGCUGUGGUUCCAUACACAACUAUACAAACGAGCAAGAAUCGCACUUUCACACAAGUAUCUAAUCCUAAUAACUGUAUGUCACAACUAACUGUGGGGAAAAUUGCAGACAAACCACUGCACUGUGGUAAGUUAACAACCCCACUAAUGACUUCUGUAUUUAAUAACUAGUCUUGCUGCUCUGCCAGUUUGCAAACUGCUUCCAUUUAUUAACACCCAGAGCCUCCUACAAUCUUUCUGUAAGGUGUUUUAAGGGCUAGCAAUCCUCCUUUUUCUUAAUAUCCAAUAUUUGCCUAUAUUUAUAACUGAAUAUAUCCAUUUAGGUAAUUUCUCCAAAGAUUAUGUGAAAGUUUUACUCCCUCAUCAUAAUUCCAUUCCUAAGAAAAGAGGAGCUAUGAUCAGUCAAAUUCAGCCAAUAAUAAAUCUCAUCCUACCA